AUGGAUAAAAGAUGGAGUCUUCAUGACAUGACUGCUCUUGUAACUGGUGGAGCCAGCGGAAUCGGGCAUGCCAUAGUCGAAGAGUUAGCUAGUUUUGGAGCUAGAAUCCAUGUAUGCGACAUAUCCGAAACACUGCUCAAUCAAAGUUUAAGCGAAUGGGAAAAGAAAGGGUUUCAAGUGAGCGGUUCAAUAUGUGAUGUAUCCUCUCGUCCCGAGAGAGAAACACUGAUGCAAACCGUGUCAAAGAUGUUCGACGGCAAGCUGAAUAUUCUUGUGAAUAACGUUGGCGUAGUUCGCGUUAAACCAACAACAAAAUAUGGGGCAGACGAUUUCUCGUUCCAUAUUUCAACAAACUUGGAAUCAGCUUAUCAUCUUAGCCAGCUUUCACAUCCUCUUUUAAAGGCGUCUGGAUUCGGUAGCAUUGUCAUGAAUUCUUCUGUUGGAGGGGUUGUAUCAAUGGAAUGCGGAUCCCUCUAUAGUAUAACGAAAGGGGCUAUGAAUCAACUAGCACGAAGUUUGGCGUGUGAGUGGGCAGCGGAUGGCAUAAGAACCAACUCUGUUGCUCCUAAUUUUAUCCUCACUGAUAUGACUGAACCUCAUCUUGAAGACGCGGGGUACAAGAAAAGUUUGUUCAGCAGAACUCCGCUUGGUCGUGCUGGAGAGCCAAAAGAGGUGGCAUCACUUGUGGCUUUUUUGUGUCUGCCUGCAGCUUCAUAUAUUACUGGUCAGACCAUUUGUGUUGAUGGAGGUCUCACUGUCAACGGUUUCUCCUAUCAGCAACAGGAGUGA